AUGGCCGCCCGUCGGUCCCUGGCUCGUGCCCUCCCCGCUCUCCGCGCCGCCACUCCCCGCACCCCCGUAUCUGCCCGCUCUCUCACCACCACCACCACCAAGUCUACCACUCCAGCCAUAGCAAACAUGGCUGCACGCACCGGUUCCUCUCCUGCCUCGCUGACGGCUACUCGACGACUCCACGCUACAGCCCGGCAGCUCAACGGCGGAACUACUUCGGCUGCCACAACCGCAACCGAAUACCCGACGGACCACCAGCCGAUCGCCAACCCUAUUGACACAGCCAACUUCCUCGACAACGAGUUUGUGCCCUCCAAGGCGUCGACCUGGAUCGACCUUCACGACCCAGCCACCAACAACCUCGUCACGCGUGUGCCCCAGAGCACCGAUGAGGAACUGCAGGCGGCUGUCCGCUCAGCCGAGAAGGCCUUCCCCGCCUGGCGGGCUACUUCCAUCAUGGCUAGGCAGCAGAUCAUGUUCAAGUUUGUCAGCUUGAUCCGUGCCAACUGGGACCGUCUUGCUUCCUCUAUUACCCUCGAGCAGGGCAAGACGUUUGCCGAUGCCAGGGGCGAUGUCCUGCGUGGUCUCCAGGUUGCUGAGACCGCUUGCGGUAUCCCUACUCAGAUGACCGGAGAGGUGUUGGAGGUGGCUAAGGAUAUGGAGACGCGCAGCUACCGAGAGCCGCUCGGUGUUGUGGCCGCUAUCUGCCCGUUCAACUUCCCUGCCAUGAUUCCCCUGUGGUGCAUCCCCAUCGCAACGGUGACUGGUAACUGCCUAGUCCUCAAGCCAUCUGAGCGGGAUCCCGGCGCGGCAAUGAUCCUAGCCGAACUGGCCAAGGAAGCCGGAUUCCCUCCGGGUGUCAUCAAUAUCGUCCACGGGUCCGCGAAGACUGUAGAUUUCAUUCUCGACGCACCCGCCAUCAAGGCUAUCAGCUUCGUCGGCAGCAACCGGGCCGGCGAGUACAUCUACACCCGUGGCUCUGCGAACGGUAAGCGCGUGCAGGCUAACCUGGGCGCUAAGAACCACGCCGCUGUCCUGCCCGACUGCAACAAGAACCAUACGCUCAACGCCAUUGUCGGCGCUGCGUUCGGUGCUGCCGGCCAGCGCUGCAUGGCUCUCAGCACGGUGGUCAUGGUCGGCGAGACAAAGGAGUGGCUACCUGACAUCGCUGAGCGGGCCAAAGCCCUCAACGUCAACGGUGGCUUCGAAGAAGGCGCAGACCUGGGUCCUGUCAUCAGCCCGGAAAGUAAGAAGCGCAUCGAGGAUCUGAUUGCCAGCGCUGAGGCGGAGGGCGCCACCAUUCUCCUCGACGGCCGUGGCUACAAGCCGAAGAACUACCCCAACGGCAACUUCGUCGGUCCCACAAUCAUCACCAACGUCACACCAGACAUGAGGUGCUACCGCGAAGAGAUCUUCGGCCCCGUCCUCGUCUGCGUCAAUGCGCCCACCCUCGACGACGCCAUCAACCUGAUCAACUCGAACGAGUACGGCAAUGGCGCUGCUAUCUUCACGCGCUCGGGCCCGACUGCUUCGCGCUUCCAGAAGGAUAUCGAGGCUGGCCAGCUGGGUAUUAACGUACCCAUCCCUGUGCCGCUGCCAAUGUUUUCCUUCACUGGUAACAAGAAGAGUAUUGCCGGUGGCGGUGCGAAUACCUUCUACGGCAAACCUGGUCUGCAGUUCUAUACCCAGCAGAAGACGGUGACCAGCCACUGGCGCAGUGAGGAUGCGACCAGCACCAAGGCGAGCGUGGUGAUGCCGACUCACUCGUAG